UGACGUGUUUCCGGUGUUUGUCGGUCACACCUUCGUUCGGUUACGAGCCCGCUAGCUGUUUGGGGUUGUCUGUGUUUCCACCGCGAAAGGCUGAGGGUGACCGGACGGUGAGAAGGGGGAAGUGAAGAAACAGGGGAGAUAAUCGGCGAGAAGCGUAACGGCAGGAGGGAAGGCCGAGAGGAGAGAAGCGGACUAAAGCUACGGUCGAAGGAAAGCGGACCGCGGAGGGGCAACAGGAGGAGGAGCAGGAAGAAGGCGGACCGAGUAGGGGCAGCGAUUAUUAGCGGACCGUGUCGGGUGAAGGCUGGGAGCCUGCGAACACCGGCGGCAACCGGGAGGCAGGCAGCAAUGGAGAGCAAACUGGCGCCCAAUGGGGACAUCUACAGCACCGUCAAUGGUCUCAUGGAGAAGGCGCACUCGGAGAGCAAGGUGACGGCUCGGAAGAACGGCUUCGUGAAACCCGCUUUCGCCCAGAACGGGAAGAUUCUUCACGUUGCACAGAAUGGAGGACUGUACAAGAAGCCAUUUAAUCAGUCUUUUGAGGAAACGCCUAUGCUCGUUGCUGUGUUGACCUACAUGGGUUAUGGAAUCCUUACAUUGUUUGGUUAUCUCAGGGAUUUUCUUCGGGAGUGGAAGAUUGAAAAAUGUCAUCAUGCUACUGAACGCGAAGAACAAAAGGAUUUUGUACCAUUGUACCAAGACUUUGAAAAUUUCUAUACCAGAAACCUGUACAUGAGGAUUCGAGACAGCUGGAACCGGCCCAUCUGCAGUGUCCCUGGGGCAAAGUUCGAUGUAAUGGAGAGAGUCUCUCAUGACUACAACUGGACAUUUGAGUUUACUGGCACUAUCAUCAAAGAUGUCCUCAACAUGGGUUCAUACAACUACCUGGGUUUUGCUGAACGCCAGGGUUUCUGUGCAGAUGCAGCAGCUGAGGCAACCAUCCAAUAUGGAGUUGGGGUUUGUAGUACACGGCAAGAAAUUGGUAACCUAGACAAACAUGAAGAGCUAGAAAAGUUAGUGGCUCGGUUCUUGGGAGUUGAAGCAGCCAUGGCAUUUGGAAUGGGCUUUGCAACAAACUCUAUGAAUAUUCCUGCUCUUGUUGGCAAGGGCUGUCUGAUCUUGAGUGAUGAGCUAAACCAUGCCUCUUUGGUGCUUGGAGCCAGACUUUCAGGUGCAACCAUCAGAGUUUUCAAGCACAACAAUAUGCAGAGCUUGGAUAAAUUGUUGAAAGACGCUAUUGUACAUGGGCAGCCACGGACUCGCAGACCAUGGAAAAAGAUUCUCAUUGUUGUAGAGGGAAUUUACAGAGCUAUCUACAUCUUGAAAAUGUCAUUACCUCAAUGGUUUGCAACGUCCUGUUAUUCCAGUAUGGAGGGCUCUAUUGUCCGUUUACCCGAGAUAGUGGCAUUAAAGAAGAAAUACAAGGCUUACCUGUACCUCGAUGAGGCUCACAGUAUUGGGGCGCUAGGACCAACGGGCCGAGGUGUGGUGGAAUAUUUUGACCUCAGUCCCAAGGAUGUGGAUGUCAUGAUGGGAACCUUCACUAAGAGUUUUGGCGCAGCUGGCGGAUACAUAGCAGGCAAAAAGGAACUCAUGAACUACCUUCGCUCACAUUCUCACAGUACAGUGUAUGCUACCUCAAUGUCUGCACCUAUUGCAGAGCAAAUCAUUGCAUCCAUGAAAUGUAUCAUGGGAGAAGAUGGCACAACACUUGGUCAAACCAGAGUUCAACAGCUGGCGGAGAACACUCGGUACUUCAGAAGAAGACUGAAGGAAAUGGGAUUCAUUAUCUAUGGAAAUGAUGAUUCACCAGUCGUGCCUUUGAUGCUGUACAUGCCAGCUAAAAUUGGUGCUUUUGGGCGAGAAAUGCUGAAAAGAAAUGUUGGUGUUGUGGUGGUUGGAUUUCCUGCUACUCCAAUCAUUGAAUCCCGAGCCAGGUUUUGUGUAUCUGCUGCUCAUACCAGAGAGAUGCUGGAUACAGUUUUAAAAGUAAUAGGAGAAGUUGGUGAUCUCUUGCAGUUGAAAUAUUCACGACACAAAUUGGACCCUUUACUUGACUGUCCAUUUGAUGAAACCAUGUAUGAAGAAAACAAAGACUGAGCUCUGCCCCAGUUGGACAAACGUUUGCAAGUCCAAAUCUCUCUUUUCAGUUAGAUACCACUCUGCUUCUUUGUGCUUCAAAUCUUCACACCUAUUUAUAUUUUUUAAAACCCAAGUCGAACUUGAAGGUGUUGAAUAAGUCCUCAUCCACUAAAGCCAUUUUGUGUUUUGUUACCUGGAGCUACGUAUGCAGCUUUUCGGCAUUGACUUUAUUUGCUGAGAAAUCAAAAGAACGUGCAUUUGCUUCUCCUGAAAGAGUUUCUCCCCUUAAACUCUGUCAACAAUAAGCUACUACACAAAUAUAAUCAGUUUAUUGGCAAGAUGGAGCCACUGUUCACAGUAUGAAAUCUCUGAAUCUUUUUGGAAUGGUUUGAGUAACUCCAUACAUACCACAUUCCUCUUUUCUCUUUCCUCCCUCCACACAAGAUUUUAUUUCUUCUAAAUGUACUUGCUAACUAUGCUGGUCUUGAUCUUUCAUAUAAUUGACACAAUAAGAAUCUUCAAAAGGUGAGGUGGGACGGUGGCUUUGAAAAGCUGUUUAGAAUAACUUGCAAUGAUCCAAUUCAUUUUAUAUUUCUGUUCACAUACAAUCAGAGACCAAUUAAGAACUCCUGAGGCUAAAGCUGAUGUUGGCUAGCCCUGAAUUGCCAAUUAAUUAAUUGUUGCUGAAAAUAGCACCGAUUCUGUCUGUACAACUGUUUAGGUUGCUUUUACCUCAUUUCAAAGAAGGUGCUCCCUCCCCUCAGCUUCACAAAAGCUUUAUUUUUUUAAAAUUUAGUCCACUUGUGUGUGCAAUUUAGCAUUCAAAGUACAGUUGAUUAAAACUACCAAAUAUGAAGGUAAUGCUAGAAGUUUUUAAAAUCUGAAAUGAAAUUUUGAAGUGUAUGGAGUUUGUUGAAAGCUGGACCUUUGUAUCUCAAGCAAUAGAAUCUUUGGACAUUAAGUAGGAAAUUAGGAUUUUGUUUAUAUCUUUGUUCUGGAAAUUUUAUUUGGAGAUUGUGGUAACUUAAUUUACCUGUAUAUUAAAAAUCUCAAAUUUCACCCAAAAUUGAAAUCAUCAGGUCACCACUGUCUCCUGAGCUGUGUAAUCUUAAGACCCCAAAUAAUGCAACAAAACAGUUCCUCAUCUUCCUCCUUCCCACAAGAUUUAUUUCACUAGUGACCACUGAGAUGUGAGAACACCCUUAUCUGAAACAGAAAAAGAUUUCUACCGCACGUAUAAAAUAAGUAUUUUACAGACACUCCGUUCAGUAUGUAUCCACGCAUGAAAAGUGCUGCAGUUGAGCUUCAUGGUGCAUAGCCUGACUCCUAGGGAAUUGAUACAUUUACGCCGCUGUCAGUUAGUAUUUUCAAUAUUUGUUAUUGCAUCUGUUGAUUUUACUGUGGGAGAGGGGAGGGAGGAUUGUUACAAUUUCAGCAUUUUUUCCUGCACAAGAUAUUGCUGGGUGAAAAUGAAGUUUUCUGAAAAAAAGAAAAUGGACAGAGCUCCAUGUUCCAGAUCUUGUAUUCAGUAUUAGGUUUAUCAUUGCUGAGGACUAGCCUGAAAAUUUAGGCCAUGUGUGUCUUUGCAUGUGAUAUUGUAAUACUGGAAGGAGUUUUUGCACACAGCUCUAUGACUAUUUUAAAUUCUUUCAGAUUUGGAGUAAAUGGCCACAGGUAUGGUCUCUGCACAAAUAAUGUAGAUAUUGCCAUAAAUGCCUCACAGGCAGUUGGUAUGUCUGCAGAAUUCUGCAUCUUUUAUGUUUUAAGUUGAUGGACGUACUAAAGGGAAUGCACUGUGGCAUGUUUAUAAGUCUACUAGCCACUGGUUUAACCUGUAAAAGAUUGCGGAGAAAGUGAGAGGAUAUAAGUGGUGCUGGAGUGCAGAGGUUGAGAAAUGCCCUCCGAUGUUGAAUGUACUGGUAGUGUACCUCUCAUUUCUGUAUUGUAUGUUUAGUUGCCAGACCUCAGGAAUAGUCCUUAUUAUCCUGUUUAUAACUGGUGGAUCCCCAGUAACUUGAUUGUUAAAUGUACUGUGCGGUCAGUGUGAUGCUGAUACUGUAUUGUGUCCAGUGAACCCCUCCUGAAACACAUGGAUUUUGGGUGAGGACAGGAUCAUGCAACCCACUCACCUCAAAAUUCACUUCUGAGGUGUGUGUAUUGAAGGUUGGUGCUUUGGGUGAGGUACCAGAGAGCAGCUAUUGCCUGUGAAAUUAAACCCCAUUAUAGUAUAAGUCCGUGCUUUCAGUAUGAAAAGAGCUAGAAGUGAAGAGAGGGAAAUUGAGUCCACAGAUUUGCCAGAUAGUUGGCUAAGCCAGGGAUGCAGAAUAAAAAUGAUUUUGCAACCCAUUUUCCCCCAAAUUUGAAUUGACUGUGUAGUAUUUCAUUUGUCAUGAUGAGGAAAAUGCUGGUGAAUCCUAACAGUGCCAGAUCCAAUGCCAUCAUCAUGUUCUUUUUCUUAUUUCAAAUCAGCAAUUUGAAAUCGCUCCACUUUUUAUUUUUCUAACUCCAGAUCAGUUCAAGCAUAUUACAAAUCUCACUUAAGUUUAAGGGAUGACGUACCAUGUGAAAUACUAGCAACUUUUUGUAUUAAAAUAAGCAAUCAAGAAUUGUUUUGUUAUUAAUUGGGUUCCUUUUCUGCUUAAAUUGAUUUAAGCAGCAGAUCAUUGUAAGCAAAUGCAGCUUUAGUUUCUCUGGGGAAGUAUUCACUUUUGUUUUUAAGGAAGAAAAGAUUUAAUAUAAUUAUUGUACUAUUAAAAUGUAGUUUGAGUUCUCCAUGUUUCAAGCUGUGUUCAUGGGCUGUCACUAAGGCUGCUUAUGUAACAUAUUCUAAAUGGUGCUUUCGUUAUUAAGUAACUCUGGAUCAAUCAGUUAAAUUAAUUAUACAAUUAUGUUCUCAUAGUUCUGCCAUUCCAAAUUAAUAUUGUCUCUUUCUCCUCUUGCUAGGAAGGCAUAGUUAUGGUUAUUACACUUUUUUAAUUCUAUCUAGUUUUUUGCUCCAUUAGUCUUGCCCCAAGCAAAGUAUUACUAUAGAGUCAGUUAUUUUGUUUUCCAACUGCUUUACUGCAAGUCCUGUGAGUUUUCUUUUUUCCAAUGCAAUACCAACUUCUGAUGCACUUUCUCAACCACACCUUCUACAUUUCAUUUUGUCUGCUAUCUUUUGAUUAGCUUUUGUAUUGUAUAGCAAGUUUGUGUCCCCCCCCGACUUUGCAUUGGGAAAUGCGGAAAUAUCGCUGCUUUUUGGUGAAGUUUGCUAUUAAGCAUAAACUUGUCAUCGGAGAGGAGUUGAUUUGAAAUGUAAUGUCCAGUUGACUUGCAAAAAGGAGAAAUCUGUUCACGAUUGCUCAUCUACAUUGAAGCUUUCCACCUGAUCUUGACUUUUUAUAAGCUUUGUAAAAGGUGUGAUUGCUUAUUGCCUCCUUUUAAGAUUAAUUCAUAAGUAUCUUUUCUGUUUAAAUGCACAACAAUUAAGCACUCCUAUGAAAGUCAGCUUGUCACUAUGGUAGAGCAGGUUCCCUAUGCAAAGUAUUUUUUCACAAGUAAACAGCAACGGUUCAGUAAACAAUGCUGGAAGAACAUUUAUUUUCCACCUUCAACUUCCUUGAUAGCAUAUGUUUGUAGCUCAAAAAUUUUCACAUUUCUGGCUGUAGAAAUACAGAUUGUUUUCUAUUGAUUAUGGCCAUUGUCAUCUCCGCUUGGGCAUCAAAUAUGCAAUGGCCUCGCUUUCUGGAAAAUCCUAUCAAAGGGUAUGCUGGGAGAGAAAAAAAUUUCCUAGGUAGUCUGUCAGAGCAGCUAGUUUAAGGAAAUGAUGCCUGACUGAGAGUUUGAAGAGUAUAAUUUCCAGGUAGUUCCAUAAAUGCUGUGAACAGAUGCAGGCAGCAGUAAGAAGUGUUAUCCUGCUGCAACAUGUUUUGUUUAAACCAAUUUUUUACUGUACAUUUUUGACAGUGCAUGCAAAUAAUCCUGGCUAACACAAUGUCACUAAUUUCAUGGAAAGCUAUAGUGGGGGUAGUGUGUUAGAGAUUGGGAAGGGUACUGCAACAUUCUCCCAUGUUGCACAUGUCCAUAUAAAAACAAGCUUUCAUUUUAUCACAACCUUUAAUCCUUGUAUAUUGACAUAUUACAAAGUAUGAUUUGCAAACCUCAAAAUCACAUUUGAAAGUUCAAUGUACUGAAAACAAUCUUUUCACUAUGAUGUCUUAUAUUUGUACAUUCAUAAAUCUAUCACUGGUCAUCAAUGUUGCUUUAACUUUAAGAUGACUAAUUUUUUUUCUCAUUGUCCCGUGAAUUUUAAGCUCACAAGUGCAGUUAUUUUUAGCUGUGUGAUCAGGAUGCUGCCAAUUCUAGACAAGUCGGUGGUUGUACUUAACCAGUUGACAGUCAAGGCAGUUAUGAAAGACCAUACAAGAGACCCUUACAUAGGCCUACGGCAUGUUGAAACUAUGCAGACUUUUUUUAAUACACAAUAGAACUUUUCAUAGUGUUUGUUUUUUUUAAGAAAAGUUACUUUCCUUGUUGGGGAAAUGUUUUUUUUAAAUUGGAUAAUUCGUUGGAAGCUGAUUAACACAAGUUCAUGUACAGCACCUUCUGUAUGUGAGCAGGCUCUAGAAGUGCACCUUUUAUUUAUCUCCUGAAGAUGCCACAGUGCACUUGUUAGCAUCACAGAGAGUGCACUCUCAAUCUCUGCCAUGCCGUCAUGAAAGGGAAGAGAAAAAUGUUAUGUGCCCACCUCAUGUUAGCCAGCUAAUGCCAUGGAGAGGACACAUGUCUAAUUUCUUUGCCAACGAAUGGUAAUGGUCUUGAGGCAUCCACUGAUGGGGCAGCAAUUAUCAGGAAAUUGUUUUGAAAAUUUCAGUGCACUGGUUUAUCGGUGCAACUAGAGCUUCAAAAGAAUGUUUUUGUUAAUGCAUUUAAUCUAGUCUUGAAACACUACCGAUUGAAACAACAGCUGUAAACUCUGUACUCGGGCUGUGGCUACAGAGGCCUGCUGUGCCACCUUCUGCAAGGAAGUUUCAAAAUCAGUUGGUCAUUUUUCUCACAGGUGUUUUUGCUAACUUGCACUAAAAAAAGACUGUUCGAUUUAAGAAUUAAACGUAUCUUUUUCCAAUGUUUCACGUCGGCUGCCAAUGCAUAGUCUUCUCUUAAACUGUUUUGAGGAAAAGGAUGACUGUUACAUCUUAAUGCCGAUAGGUAAGGAUUGUACAGGUUUGCACUCUUCAGGCAUGAAAAGACUUCUCCAACUUCCUUAAAAUAAAGGAAGUGCUUCUUGCAGGGCGGACCAAGAAGGGCACUGUAAAAUGGUGUGUAAUCAGGAGGUAGUAAUUGCUGGAUACAUUUUGGGAGUCUCAACUGUCAACUGCAGUAGUGCCUUGUUAAGUAGCAUAUUGUUGAGUUUUAUUUAGAUUGUGAACUGGGAUAUUAGAAAAGGAAGAGAAGAAAUUGAAUGCCAGUCUUUUUUUUUUGUUGUACUGUACCAUGUUAGUUACCAAACAUACUCAGACAUGUCUACUCAACAUAAUGACUUGAUUUAUUGUUGGAUUUAAAAGGUUGAUGCUCGUUUGUGGCAUUGUGUGUUGAUGUUUGGACAGUGUUGACUGUAGUUAUGCAAACUAAUAUGUAUCGCAGGAAUGUCUGAGUAACUAACCUCUUCCUGUGUUCUGGUAUUGCUAAAGUAAGGCAGGUGAAGUAUUUCUAAUAGGACCAGAUAAAUACUAAUGUUGACUUUGCUGGCAUAGCAGUAUUUUACCCAUUUGCAGAGGUAGCAAGGAUUGUUAUAACUUUCGUUCAGUUUGCUUUUCUGUUGAAAAACAGGAUGACCAUUGCCCAAAUGCAAUUUAAGAACAUAAAUGUGUACCUUUGGAAUCCUAAUUUUUGUCAAUUUUGAUGCCCACAAUGCUCCCUGGAUUAUAAAUUAGUAUCUUGAUUUGUCAUUGUGUGCUGUGGUAGAUACUGUGUCGAGCUAUAGAUGCAGUUCCAUCAUUUUAAGCAAUCUUUGAACUUACUUAUUGCAAGAAAUCAAAACGUCCGUUUGAUAAAGCGCUGUUUAUUCUGUGAACAUAUUGUGAAAUCAAAGGCAGAACCACCUUUAUUCAAAUGUGUUCUUGCUGCAUAUUUUGUACUAAGCAUCCUAAUAACUUUGGCUUCAGAUUAGGAAUGAUUUUGUUUGUUACUUAAAUCAAGGCCAAGAAAAGAGUUCUUCGUGUGUUCUAAAAAUGAUAAAACACAAAUCUCCGAACCGGCGUGCAGCCAGCCAAAUACAACCAUGUUCAUGACACUCGAUUUAAGGAUAAAAUGAAAUCGGUUAAUUCCUGUAUCUUGAAAAAUGUUUUUUUUUUAAAUGACGAUUGAAGGAUCCUCUUUGCCUUUAUCUACGUUUUUCUCAUUGAUUUGGUUAAUAAUUACUUAAUGUUUUUUGUGAUUUGUAUGAAUUUUAACCUGGAAUGACUGAAGGUUGCAUUGAUAUUUGUAACAAAAGUCUCUACAUUUUUCCCAGGAUAGAAGAAAAUCCAAUAUUUAUUGAGAAUUUGGAAAUCUUUGAGUGACUUCACCCCUUCACAUUUUAUUUGUUGUGGGAUGGAGGGGAGCAAUGGGAAGAAAUGAAGUUGCCCUUAGAAAUUCUGUCUGCCUCUGCACACUUCAGCAAUCAAAUGUUUCAAUUUGGUUUGCUUUUCACAUUUGAAUGAUCUUGGUCCCAGUGGUGGAAUACCAUUUGCAGUGUAUUAUAAAUGCAAUUAAUAUCCCUUACUGUUUCUGUACAUAUCCUGGUCUUUUGUACAUGAGAUGUUAUAAAUGUACUUUUUUGAUGGGACUCAAUGCAGUAGUGUUUUAUAUUGGAACCUUCUUUGCCUUUUACCUUGAAUGUGGUUUUACAUAUAUCAUUGGUUUAUGAAAGUGUAAUUUAUUCAUGCAUUCUGGUGCAUGUUGAAAACACUGGAGAAUCGAUAACUGCUUGAAAAAUGUCAACUGAAAUGUAUGUUCUAAAUAAAAACUUUCAAUAUG